AUGGCUAGUACUGUUCUUGCUGAGGCAUGCAAAAAACUUGGGCGUACUCGCCUUCCAGACUCUGAGAUUUAUGCAUCUUGCGAGCCUUGCUCAAUGUGUUUUGGAGCUAUUCAAUUGACAAAAUUUAAGCGCUUGUUUUAUGGUGCCAAUUCAGAAUCGGCGAUUGCUGCUAGACUUGAGGCUCCAAUUUCAAAUUCUUUGAGGGGCACUGGUGUCUACCAGAAAACUAAUAUUAUAGUAGAUAAAGCAAAUGGUUGCCUUGCUGAUAUGGCUGAAAAGGUUUUUGAAGAUACAAGGGCAAGAAAAUAAUAUGAUCAUUCUCAUCUAUUUGCUUGAGAGACGCAAACCUGACAGUUUGCCUUGUCUAGCAAUCUAAUGUCAUCUUUGCUCGUUCUUAAUAGAUACAUACUACUGUCUUCCUUUGAGUUUGGAAAUAGACAGAAGAUUUUCCCUUAACAUCUUCUAUAAGAAGGUGCACCAAACAAGAAUGGCUGUGUUUAUAUAGUAAUAGAUUGCUGAUCUUAUAUACAGCUUAUAUUA